AUGGGACCAUUCCAGACUUCCAAGACAGCUAGGAAGCACCGGUACCGGUACCACUCUGUCCCUAUCCAAUUCCUAAUUGGCGGGCUUCAGUAUAUCAUAGGCCAGUCCGAUGGGAAAUACACCUGCCCGCUCCCAGAGUGUAAAACAAUGUUCAAAAAACGUGAAGAUAUGCAAUCACAUAUCACUACCGACCAUAAUGAGGAUGAGAAGGUCAAGGUUUUUGAUACUCCAGAUUAUAGACUGACUUUCAUAGUGGUGGCCCCGUACCAUGUUAUCGUCCAUCAAAACGCCAUUCCGGAUGACAUUUCUACCGUUUGUUCUGGGGCGGUACUGCCUGAUAUUGUAGUCCACAAGGCCUCUUCCGCUCAGGAUAUUGGCGUCAGAGGAUCUUCAAUCAAUGUGGAAUCUAGGACCGUAUCGUUGUUGCCUUCGGUUGACUACUUGAUGUCAAAUGAGGUUCUGGAUUCACUUGGGAUACCUUCAGCCACAUUGCAGUCCUUCUUGGACUUUUGCUCGGAGUCACACAUCUACGACAAACCAGAGCAUGUAAAGCUACCCACUCCAGGGGGACCACCUGUCCAGCUCAUUGCAGGCCCAAGUGACGGAUUUGCAUGCACAGCAUCUGCUGAUUGCGCGUAUGUGGUCAAGGAUAUUAGCACCAUGCAGCGACACAGUAGGGAAGCGCACCGCAACAUUGGCCUGAUAGAGAUAAAAUAUCGAUCUUGCCAGGUACAACGUAUCUUCACCGGUGUACGCAACUCAUAUUUUGAGGUCUCCCACAAUGUGGCGGCUGGAACCAGACCUGACGUCAAGGCCAUCCUUCAGGCCACGUUCCUACCAGCAAUUGACGUUGCAUUAGUCGUUCCAGCUGAUACAGAGAGGGAAAGGACACCCCUGACGCGUUUUAUGGGUUGGGAUAAAUUCAAGGUAGACCUACGAAUGAAUCCCGCGCAGAGACGAGCAGCGGACGAAAUUAAGAGCAAACAUACUGACGAUGAACACGAUGGUAUCCUAGUGGAUCUUGCUUCUACUGUGCGAGAACACAUGGCGAAGGCAUCCACCAUCUUGGAUGGUCACCCUCACAGGUUGAGCUUGUCUAAGCUGCUGUUGUACGGUGACGCAAUCCCACGGGACAAUGACAGUCAUUGGAGGCCUGUGUCGGAUGACAACGCGGACUAUCCAAACUUUAUGCUACAAUUGAUGAGAUCGAUAAUGCGCAUUCACCUUGGAUUUCCGCUGGAUUUCUCGUUUCAGCUGUCCGCCGUGCAGACUCAUUGUCUCGAGGAACUUGUUAGUGUCCUGCGUGACGAGGACGCAUCCCCACGUACCAGGAUGAUCGUCUACCACAAUCUUGCGUGGUCCCUAGUGGAUGCAGAUCCCGAUUUGUGCGUGGUAGAUCGAUGGGCAAACCCAAUCAAGCGAGCAAUUUGGCUUAGGGCAUUGCGUCCGGACGGAAACUUCUGUGAAGCGUCCACACUCACACCCGACCUAGCAAAGCUGAAAUACUUUUGCAACAUCACAUCUCUCCUCGAAGCGCUGAUGGACAAAGAAGAAGAUACAGAUUCCGUCCAUUUCGACGACCACGAUCGCGUCAUUCGUGUUCACCAGCGGGUUCUACGUCUCGGGCGUGCCACCACGUUCAACAUAGUGUAUGAGAUGCAACAGUAUGCGUCGUCUGUGUCGUUCAAUCAAACCAAAGAGCCGAACGUUUAUGUCGAUCCCGACGUGAAAUCCAUCACGAUAGGCACGGAAACCAUGUUUAUGGACAAACUCAGAGAUGGGAUCCAGAGGCUCUUGCAGGACCUAAAGUUCCGAUAUUUGGAGCUGACGCACGACGUUGUCAUGCUGAAAGUGGUCCCAGAGCAGGUCAAAGACGAUCUAACCAACUCCACCCGCGGCUAUUCGCUGUUGUCAGAGGAACCUUUCUACAGGAAGCGCCACGACUUGCUAUUCCACUUGGUGGAUGAAUAUGAUCUUGCAAUUGUCGACAACGCUGGACGACUCGCAUGGAACAUCCCUGCAAUAAAGGACCUCCUCAGACGCUCGCUUCGUGUCUGGGAGCCUCUGUACCAUUUGAUGUAUAUCACGACUCACAUAUCUUGUCGGGGGACUCAGUUCAUAGACCACAAAGUCAGCAAUGCGGACAGGCAUCGCAACCUUUUUAUGCAGGGCAACGAGAUGUUCCUCCUGACCGGGUACAGCAAAAAGACUGGUAUCACAGAUCGUGACUCGUGCACUCCAGGGUUCGUGCCCAAGGACAUUGCAUUCUGGGUCCUAGAAAUGCUCGCAGGUGGUUUACGGACGGCCGAAGCCAUACUGGCUGGUGUUGCGUAUGGGACCCAGUCGGAACAUAUCUAUAGGACGUACCUGUGCGUCGGUGAUGGAGAGAGGAUUAGUCCGACCGUUUUUUCCGCAAGACUACAUCACUGGAACCAUGAUUACUUCGACUGCCGAUGGGGAGUGAGAGAUUUCCGUCAAUGCGCAAUCACGAUUGGUCGUGAAUUCAUCACCCCUGACGACUCGUAUGACCAAGCAGACAACAUUCUCGCUGAAUCUGCCGAUCACUCCACUGGAGUGGACCUUAGUUACUACGCCGUCGUUCAAGGAGCAGUUCCUCGACUGUCCAACAAUAGUAUGUGCAGGCAUAGAUGGAUGGGAGAUCAGUGGCAUAGCAUCCUUGGACUUGGUCCCUUACCACCUCCGGAGCCAAUCAGAAUCAGUCGAAAGAACAUCGCUAAUGGUACCAGUCUUCAAUCUAUGUUGGACAUGGUACGGAAAACCACGAAAGAAACCCUUACAUCAUUUCUGGACGCCCACGCAUCAAAGAUACUCCAGCACACUGUCUGCAGCACCUCAGCACAACACUCAAAAGAUGCCACAGCCAAUGUAACUAUGCGAGAAAUAUCAUCACCGCUACCAAGCACCUGGAAGGAUAGGUCCUUAAGGUUGAGCGGACAUUUGGAUGACUUGUUUUACGACGAGAGCGAAGUUAUUCAUCCAGAUCUACCACUGUCAUCAGGGACCAGUGGGUACAAUGAGAAUUCCAGCAUGAAUCAUUCUGUUGCUGUGUCACCCACCGCAAGUGGUUAUAUUCAAUGCGGAAAUAUGUUAUCAGACUCUCCACUUCCAUCGUCAUCAAUCACAAGCAUCUCACGUACCGAAUACAUCGAGGGGUCGGUAACAUCAUCUGGCAUCGUUCCAACCAGCGAUAAGGGCGAAUUGACUCCUAUCUAUGAUCGGAAGGGUAAGGGUAGGGCGUAUGAACCCGGAACACAGGUGGCGCUCAAAGACAUUCCUGGAAGUAGCCCCGUCUUUGAUGAUGCUAUGUCCUCAACCAUAUCUCCUGUCGCGAACGUGAAGCGCAAACGUGGCACCUAUAAGGCAAGGGAAGUUCGACCCACAGAUGUAGGAAUUUCUUCUACAGAAAGACACACGUCUCAUUUUCUCCAACAGCACCAGUCCAUCCCAGAUAUGUCCAGUGAAACUCCUCUCCCAUCAAAUGUAUACCGGACUCAGAAGCAUGCAAUACAGCAAAAACGGCCGAUAGAAGAUCAGGAGGAACAUUCCAGGCGUCCAAAACGUAUUCGCAGGUUGUCGAUGGAGGAGAUCAUCAUCUCCAGCGAUCAAGAUAUUUCGAGUGUAGAGGAAAUUCCAUCGAAACGUCGGCAUGGACAGCGACCCGCGAUGCGAAAGACUCCUGUGGAGGUUGUCACCAUCUCUAGCAGUGAUAGCGACUCAAGUCCAGAUGAGAACAUUCCCAUAAAAC